GUUGCCCUGGUGGGGGUGAGCCCCUGGCUAGGGGUCACCAUUGCAGCAUAGCCCUUCCCGCAGCUGCACAGGGUUAAAAAGAGAGAAGUCACUGAUGUGCUUUCAACAAUUGAAGAUCCUUAUAAUUGGCUGGGACUGCCAGGUCCUUUUGCAGAUUUUGGUCCCUACACUCUCACCACUCUAGGGGACUUAUGCCAUGUAGACAGCAACUACAUGAACAGCCACCGGCCUUGUGACCUUGUGGGGAGCCAUGGAUUCCAGCAAGUGUGGAUCCCUGCAGGCAUCACCAGAGGCUGAAGAUGGAAACAUCGAAUAUAAACUGAAACUGGUGAAUCCAUCCCAGUACCGCUUUGAGCACCUGGUGACACAGAUGAAGUGGCGUCUCCAGGAGGGCCGCGGUGAGGCUGUCUACCAGAUUGGGGUGGAAGACAAUGGGUUGCUGGUGGGACUAGCUGAGGAGGAGAUGCGGGCCUCCCUCAAGACCCUACACCGGAUGGCAGAGAAGGUGGGUGCAGACAUCACCGUUCUCCGGGAGCGGGAAGUAGAUUAUGAUAGCGACCUGCCCCGGAAGAUCACCGAGGUGCUGGUGCGAAAGGUCCCUGACAACCAACAGUUCCUAGACCUCCGUGUGGCCGUCCUGGGAAACGUGGACUCAGGGAAGUCUACUCUGCUUGGAGUCCUGACCCAGGGAGAACUGGACAAUGGGCGGGGUCGGGCCCGGCUCAACCUUUUCCGCCACCUGCAUGAGAUUCAGUCUGGUCGAACCUCCAGCAUCAGCUUCGAGAUCCUGGGCUUUAACAGCAAGGGAGAGGUGGUGAAUUACAGCGACUCACGGACGGCCGAAGAGAUCUGUGAGAGCAGCUCCAAGAUGAUCACCUUCAUCGACCUGGCAGGCCACCACAAGUACCUGCACACCACCAUCUUUGGCCUCACCUCCUACUGCCCCGACUGCGCCUUGCUCCUCGUCAGUGCCAACACUGGGAUUGCUGGCACCACAAGGGAACAUCUGGGGCUGGCUCUGGCCCUGAAAGUGCCGUUCUUCGUCGUGGUUAGCAAGGUGGAUCUGUGUGCCAAGACCACAGUGGAGAGGACAGUACGGCAGCUGGAGCGGGUCCUCAAGCAGCCUGGCUGCCACAAGGUUCCCAUGCUGGUCACUUCUGAGGAUGAUGCUGUCACUGCUGCCCAGCAGUUUGCUCAGUCACCCAAUGUCACCCCUAUCUUCACACUGUCCAGCGUGUCUGGAGAGAGUCUGGACCUGCUCAAAGUGUUUCUGAACAUCUUGCCGCCACUCACCAACAGUAAAGAGCAGGAGGAGCUCAUGCAGCAGCUGACAGAAUUCCAGGUGGAUGAAAUCUACACAGUACCAGAGGUGGGGACUGUUGUUGGAGGGACACUUUCCAGUGGGAUUUGCCGUGAGGGGGAUCAGCUGGUGGUGGGCCCCACGGACGACGGCUGCUUCCUGGAGCUGAGAGUAUGCAGCAUCCAGCGCAACCGCUCUGCCUGUCGUGUGCUGCGAGCUGGUCAGGCUGCUACGCUGGCCCUCGGGGACUUUGACCGUGCACUGCUUCGCAAGGGCAUGGUGAUGGUGAGCCCCGAGAUGAAUCCCACCAUCUGCUCGGUGUUUGAGGCAGAGAUAGUCCUACUGUUCCAUGCCACAACCUUUCGGCGAGGCUUCCAGGUGACAGUGCACGUGGGCAACGUACGUCAGACGGCAGUGGUGGAAAAGAUCCAUGCCAAGGACAAGCUGCGGACAGGGGAGAAGGCGGUGGUACGUUUCCGCUUCCUGAAACAUCCAGAGUACUUGAAGGUGGGCGCCAAGCUGCUGUUCCGGGAGGGUGUCACCAAGGGCAUCGGCCAUGUCACUGAUGUGCAAGCCAUUGCAGCAGGAGAGGCCCAAAACAACAUAGGCUUCUGAGCUCCCCAGCAGAGACAGCUCUGUUGCUGUCCCUACAAUAUAUAAGGUGACUUCCGGCCAUGCUGCCCCUCGUUGGCGGCUGUGUGUGUUAAUAGGCUAGGGAGUGAGGGGUGCUGUCUACCACUUGCUCCCUGCCACCUUACUGGAGAGGUGCCAAGCUUGGUGUGGCCAGGGGAGGGGCAGUCCUGAGGGAGAAGAAAGAAUUCAGGGCAGUGCUCAGCAGUCGUGUGCCCACCUGGUUGGCUCAUCAACCCUGACAACCCUGUGGCCUGUCUACUGGAGAGAGCUGACCAUGCCACCUUGGCCCCACUAUCAGGACUGAGCAUGAUCCACCAAUGUGGUCCCUGUACUUCAGGAAUUGUCACAACUGAGGGUGGUCUUCGAAAGCACUCUCUUUUCUAUACCUCAAGGCCAUAUAAGUUGCCCGUCUUUACCUGACUGUGGACAAAAGACAUCUGCUUCUGGCUACCUGAUGGCCCAGGGUCUGAAGAAAUGGCACAGGGACAGUGAAUGGCAGUGCUCCCACCCAGUGCUGGGGCCUGAGGCCUACUCCUCAGCUUUAUCCCUUGGUCCUUCUUCACUCAAGGGCCAUUUCCCCAGUUCCUCCUCUCACAGGCCCCACAGGUGCUAUUUGUUGUGCUGGCCCAAGUGUGGGGCUGCCAAGCUAAGGUUUGGCAUACCAAAGGCCAGCUGCAUGUCAGUCUUGUCCUUUCCUCUGCAGUGAUCUGUUGGUUUUAAUGCUGGAUCAAAUAGUAUGUUUUACUUUCCAAGACUGGUGGUUGAGGAUCUGAUCCACAGCUUCCUAACUGCCACCCUCCUCCUCCCUCCCUGCUCCCACAAAUUCCUCUCGUUUUAGUAAUUUGCAGUGACUAUCCUCUUCCCUCUGUUGCAGGGAACCAGGAGAAAAGGGAGAGCUGUUGCCAUAGUUCCUACUUUGUUGGGCAUGGACUCCCUUUUUUCCCUUUAUUAAGUGUCCUGGGUUCCCAUGGACUCAGGGAUUUGUUGGUUGAGGUUUCUCUGCGUAUUUAUAUAUAUAUACACACACACAUAUAUUGUACAGAAUAAAAAUGUUUUAUUGGACAUACUGUGCUUAUGCUUAAAACAAGCUCAGCCUGCAGAGAGAUAUUCCUCUUCAAGAUGAGAUAAAAACAAAACAACUGCUGACCCCUGAAUGGGGAAAGAAUCUAGAAUCCUUCAGCUGUCUCAUCCACCAUUCUUCUUUCCCUCUCCCCAACAACGGAUCAAUGUUCCAUUAUCCUAACCAAGUAUGCUGGUCUGUUUUGCAGAGUAAUUUGAGCAAGAAGAGUAGAAAGUGAAGCUUACACCUUUUCAGCUGAAAUAGGUAACUAAUUCAUGGAAUUGGCCACUUGCUACUGGUCACAAUACCAUGGAAAUUUUGAUACUAGAGUGCCACUUGCUUAAUGAAAAAUAGAAUUUAGAGACAGAUCUGUUGCUUCACACUUUUGCAGUGCAAAGCAGUGAGAAGUGAGGUUUAUACACCCUAAACUGGGUUCUUGGGCUCCUUGGGACACUUGGUCAAAUCUUAGUCCCUUUUCCUGUUUCUGAUUAUCACAUAUUAUAGGGCCCAAGGUCAAUUGCGAAAAGGAAAAAGGGGGUUGGAAAGUGCAUUCUGAGCACUGGAUUUGGCAAAAGAAAUUUAAUGAUAAAUAAAUGGGGCCCAAGGUCUCAUGAGGCAUUCUGCCUCCGGGGUAUUAAGUGGUAGCUUCCCUCCCACUUUGGUUCAGCUGCUUUUUCAAAUAUGAGUUUAACUUGCCACCAGUUUAGUAGGCUGUGGCUGAAGAACUUCCUCUUGUGUUGGAAGCUAAGAGCUGUUUACUUCCUUCUGUACUGUUGCUGCUAAAUAGCUGUGAGGAAGGAAAGGUUACAUUCAGAAAAGGUACUAUAGCUUUAACCCAAUACUGACCUUUGCACAGCUGUUUGCUGUCCCCUCUAGACUGGAUCAUUGCCAGUCCAUUGGGGCAGGCAGGUUGGCAUCCCCAGAAAAACAAGGCAUGCUGCCAUCUUUUUUGGUCACCCACCAGCCAACAUCUCAUCCCCUCCCCUUACACACUACCAAGUCCAACCUAGGUUUCUACUACAUUGCUUUUCUACAUGACCCCUUCAUUCUAGGCACAUGAGUAGAAAGAGGUGGAGAAGCUUGUCAAUUUGAUCUGAACACAGCAGCCAAGAUAAAUGAAUGCUUUAAUCCAUGGUUUGUCUUGUUUUGUUUUAAAUGACUUAUCUUUUCCUGGGGUCAAGAAAAAAGAAACUUUAGACAAUCAACAUCUCAGUACUUAAUAAGUCAUCUCUGAGAACUAGUGAGCCACUUUUCUACAUUUAUAAAACAUUUAGGAGGAUAAAAAGGUAUAUAAGACAGGCCACCAAAGAUUAUGUAUAUUUUUAUUGUUUCAGUUAUGGUAAUCAGAUCUAAAAUUUUUCACUACAUGCAUUCAGCCAAUGAAUAUCAGACAUCUGUUAUGUGCAAGACACCAUGAAUUUCUGCUUUCAAGAAACUACAAAUCCCAUAAGGAAAAGGCCAUGCACACAGCGAAUACUGUCUUAUUAGAUAUUUAAAAGUGCCACAAUGCUGGAAAAUGUUUGAAGAAAUCAUUUCGUACUAAACCCAGUGCCAUUUCCCCCCCUCUUGAAAGUAACACAGACCUCCUAAUUUACAAAUAAAAGUGGGGGUGGGAAGGGGGAUAUAUACAUUAUUCUUCCUCCCAUCUCCCAACUCAAUUCAUCUUCAAUUUGGUUCCCUGCAUAAUUCAAGGUUUCUGUAAGAUGUCAUGUCAGAAAAGUCAGAAGAACUGAAUGCAGUACUAUAUAUAUUGGGCCAAGUACAAAAAGUUACAAUCAUGAAUUUUAAAUAACAUAAUAAUAAAAACCCUAAGUUCAUACUUCAGUGGGAAACAGAUUAAAAGGCCCAAGUACUUAGCUCUUAAAUUUGUACUUUAAGGUUUAAGGAAAUGUCAUUGCCUUCUACAGCCUUGGCUUUUGGUAUUUUCUAGAUCAGUACUUCUCAAACUUUAAGACAUAUACUAAUUGCCAAGAGAAUCUUGUUAAUAUGCCUAUUCUGAUUCAGUAGGGGUGGGGGUGAGACUGAGACUAUUUCUAACAAGGUCCCUGGUGAUGCUAACGCUAUUCCUCAAAUCACACUUGGAGUAGCAGCAAGGUUCUAGAGAAGAUUUAGUUUUGAUCUUGGCUUAUCCAAUCUACAUUUCCUGAACUGGUCUAGGAGCAGUCUCAUUCUACAUUAGGACAAAGAGCCAGAGGUAGAAGAGCCAAUGGCUAAGACAGGUUAUACUAGGGUUUACUUGUGUAAAAUUCAGUAUUUGGGUAGCUUUUGUGUACAGAGCUCUGCCCUAAACUAGUUACUGUAUCACUUCAGGGUUUCAAGUCUUCACAUUCUCCAACUGAAAAUAUGGAAUUUUAGUCAAGGUGUUAAGUUUUUUGUUUGUUUGUUUUAACAAACUCAGUUCUUUGUGCAAAUUUUAAGUUCAAUAACUUUAAAUCCAUUAUAUCUAAUCUUCAAUAAUCUGUAAAGUAGUAUUAUCAAGAUUACAGAUGAGGAAAGUGACCUGUUCAAGGCCAUUCUCAGAGUUAGAGGCACAGCCAGGUUUGGAACCAGGUCCCUUAGGCCCCAAAGCCCAUGUAUUGUAUGACACUGCCUCCCUAAACUCUAAAGAUUAAAAUUCAAAGCACUUGUAACUCUGGAAGAUGGAUUUUUACAUCUCUAUGAGCAAUGGGAUUAGAAUCCAUGCCUGUGAAGAGAUGGGAGCUUUAACCUAGCACCUAAUUGGACUACUUUUUAAUAAAAAUUUGAUAAAGUUAUGGAUUUCCUUGAGAAGUAGACAUUAUUUCCAUUUCCCAGGUUACAAAUAAAUACUAAAACCCUGCAGCAAGCCUAAGGGCAGCACUUGUGUGUUAAUGGCUUAAAAAAUGAUUCCAAUGUCUGCAUGCCCUCAGGCUUAGGGCGUUUAUUACUGGAGGCCAAAGGACUCUUGGGAUUUCUCUUGCCUUGAGGAGAAAUGGCAGGAACAACCCGGGGAGUUGAGGAAUGGGGCUGCAAAAAGGAUUUCUGCAACUCCAGUGCAAAAUGAUAGUCCAUAUGUUCUGGCAUCUCCCACACUGGAAGCAGGAAGCCACACUUCUCACAGGGCACUUGGUCCUCAGCAUCAAGAAGACUUGGAAUAGUAGCUGCCUUUUGAGCCACUUCCAGAGCAGACUUGGAGAUUAAAGAAGCAAGCCUGCUUGGGCUGCUCUGGGCCAAAUCCAUCUCUGCAGAAGUCGCUUUUGAGGAUUCUGGUUUCGACACCUCUUCACAAGCAGGGGCACAAUCUGUACGCUCUGUUGGAAGAUGUUCUGGUAAUUUUUUAGGGCUGGACAAUGGAUUUUGUGGAGGGAAGGAAAUGGAAGGAUUAUUAAGCUGCUUCUGCUUUAUGGCUUCCAGACUUUUCUGCUUAAAAAAGGGCUCUGUUCCUUUAGUACGACUGGUUUGGAAAGGCAGCGAGGGUUUGGAUGGUGAAUUGGUUUCUGGGGCCUGAGGAGUGGCAAUAAGAGAUGAAAACAAAGCUUCUUUGACUUUUUUCUUUUCUGCAACCUUUUGGAAGAAUGAUUCCAGAGAAGUGGUUGCUUUCUUAGUGGUUAUUACUGCUGGACCACUUUCCAGGGUCUUAGCUUCUGAACUGGUAACUGGCACCUUUGGCAGAGAACCUUGGUCACUGCUUAAGAAGACAGUGAUGUCUGUGCAAGAUGAAGGGGCAGAGGCAGAAAAUUUUGUAGCACAGAGGAAAAGCAUUAUGAGGGGAGGGGACCUGUAUAGAAAGUAAAGGAACAAGAUUAGCAAUGGCUCACUACUUCAGAGCUAGGACAUAUUUAAUUCAUAAACGACUGGGAUUCUGGUUCUGCCAUAAGAGGAAAUUAUCACAUGCUACAGUAGUUCUCAAAGUUUAGCACAUAUCAGAUUGUUAAUACAGAUUCAGUGGACCUGGAGUGGGCAGAGAAUUGGCAUUUCUAGUGAGUUUCUAGGUGAGACUGAUGGUCUGGGACCAUGCUUUGAGAACCACUGACUUAGGAACAAUGGAUCCCCUGAUAGCUGGGUAUGAGUUUUAUAAGACACUGCUAUAGAGCUGCUAUAAUUCAGGGUUGGGGCAAGAAAUUUUAUUCAGGGCAGCAGGAAAGUUUUAGAAUAUUUAAACUGGAAAGACGCAAAAAAAAUCUUUCUUACCAUUCCCGUUUUUAAAUGGUGCCACCUAAGCCAUCCCUGACAGACUGUCCGCUCUGGAAUUUUUAGAGAAUAAAAUUCCAGAACUGCUUUUGGUUGGCCAUCCCAGUGUCUCAGAAAUAUUUUAAGAAAUUUCUUAUCACAAAAUUCCUCAUUAUGUCUAGUAAUUCUUUCAUGUGUGCUGAAUUGGGAAAGAUGAAAUGUACUUCUAUAUACAGAUUAGUCUCUUAAUGAGGAAAAUAAUAAAUGCUACUUUUAAAUUGU